GCAGGCGCUUACUGCUAGCUGGGGGGCACCCGAGGUGGGAGGAGGUGGCUGGACCCCUGAGGUCGCCUGGGGUCGGGCAGCUGGCUCGAGUCUAGGGCAAAAUGUGUGGCUUGGGCUGAGCUUUUUCUCCCGGCUUCACCAUCCACUCCAGAUCUGACACCCCUUCUCGCCACCACCUGGCGCGCGUGGGGACGGGUCCGCAGCCCCUAGUCCGUCCUGCAGCCCCCAUGGGCUGCCGCCCGCCGCCGCCUCGGCUGCCAACCAGGACCAGGCAGGGAUAAGUGCGGGGUCCCUGUCCUUGUCCACCUGUCCCUGGUCUCUGUCCUCCUGUCCACUUGCACCUACCUCCAUCCCCUUGGUGUGUCCAACCCUGUUCUUUCCCUGCCCUCCCCUACUUUUGGCUCUUGUGUCUCUCUGCUCCUGAUUUUCUCCUCUUCCUCCUUCCCACCAAUAUCUGUCCCCUUGUCCCUCUGCCUCCACUCUUGACUCCUGAUCUGCCCGCCCCACUCUGCUCUCUUCACUCCUCCCCCUUCCUCUUAUCUCUGCACCCCUGCCUGUCUCCUCCACCUCAUCCCCCUGCACCUUGGCCCCAGCCUCCCGAGUGAGCGCAGGACCAGGCAGCCACCAUGUCCGGAGACUACGAGGAAGACCUCUGCCGACGGGCGCUCAUCCUGGUCUCAGAGCUCUGCGCGCGGUUCCGAGAUGCCGACACCAGAGACAGGUGUCAGGAGUUCAACAGCCGGUUCCCUAGCGGCUACCCCCGCGGCCCCGACCCAGACAUUUCCGUGAGUCUGCUGUCAGUCAUCGUGACCUUCUGCGGCAUCGUCCUCCUCGGUGUCUCUCUCUUUGUGUCCUGGAAGUUGUGCUGGGUGCCUUGGAGGGACAAGGGGGGCUCCGCAGUGGGCGGCGGCCCCCUGCGCAAAGACCUGGGUCCCGGGGUGGGGCUGGCUGGCCUGGUGGGCGGCGGUGGACACCUGGGGGCUGGCCUGGGUGGCCACCCUCUGCUGGGCGGCCCCCACCACCAUGCCCAUGCUGCCCACCACCCGCCCUUCGCCGAGCUGCUGGAACCUGGCAGCCUGGGGGGCUCUGACCCCCCUGAGCCCUCCUACUUGGACAUGGACUCGUAUCCGGAGGCUGCGGCUGCCGCUGUGGUGGCUGCUGGGGUCAAGCCCAGCCAGACCUCCCCUGAGCUGCCCUCUGAGGCCGGAGCGGGCUCUGGGCUGCUGCUGCUGCCCCCCAGUGGGGGCGGCCUGCCCAGUGCCCAGUCGCACCAGCAGGUCACAAGCCUCGCACCCAGCACCAGGUACCCGGCCCUGCCACGGCCCCUCACACAGCAGACCCUGACCACGCAGCCAGACCCCAGCAGUGAGGAGCGGCCGCCCGCCCUGCCCCUGCCCCUGCCUGGUGGGGAGGAGAAGGCCAAGCUCAUCGGGCAGAUCAAGCCGGAGCUGUACCAGGGGACCGGGCCUGGUGGCCGGAGAGGCGGCGGGGGCACGGGCGAGGCGGGGACCCCCUGCGGCCGCAUCAGCUUUGCCCUUCGGUACCUCUACGGCUCCGACCAGCUGGUGGUGCGAAUCCUUCAGGCCUUGGACCUUCCGGCCAAGGACUCCAACGGCUUCUCGGACCCCUAUGUGAAGAUCUACCUGCUGCCUGACCGCAAGAAGAAAUUUCAGACCAAGGUGCACAGGAAGACCCUGAAUCCCGUCUUCAAUGAGACCUUCCAGUUCUCAGUGCCCCUGGCCGAGCUGGCCCAGCGCAAGCUGCACUUCAGUGUCUAUGACUUCGACCGCUUCUCGCGGCACGACCUCAUCGGCCAGGUGGUGCUGGACAACCUCCUGGAGCUGGCUGAGCAGCCCCCCGACCGCCCGCUCUGGAGGGACAUCAUGGAGGGCGGCUCGGAAAAGGCAGAUCUCGGGGAGCUCAACUUCUCCCUCUGCUACCUCCCCACGGCCGGGCGCCUCACCGUGACCAUCAUCAAAGCCUCUAACCUCAAAGCAAUGGACCUCACGGGCUUCUCGGACCCCUACGUAAAGGCCUCUCUGAUCAGCGAGGGGCGGCGACUGAAGAAGCGCAAAACCUCCAUCAAGAAGAACACGCUGAACCCCACGUACAACGAGGCGCUGGUGUUCGACGUGGCCCCCGAGAGUGUGGAGAACGUGGGGCUCAGCAUCGCCGUGGUGGACUACGAUUGCAUCGGGCACAACGAGGUGAUCGGCGUGUGCCGCGUGGGCCCCGAGGCCGCCGACCCCCACGGCCGCGAGCACUGGGCCGAGAUGCUGGCCAACCCGCGCAAGCCGGUGGAGCACUGGCACCAACUCGUGGAGGAGAAGACUCUGACCAGCUUCACAAAAGGUGGCAAAGGACUGUCAGAGAAGGAGAACUCAGAGUGAGGGGUCUGGCCUAGGCCGGGGAUCUCAGUAGAGUCCCUCAGGACCCCACUUCUUGCCCGGACCGAGAACUCAUCUCCUCGAAGCCAUAACGUCCGAGCUGCUGGGGCAGGGUUGCCCUGGGCCCGCUUCUCCUUCCUGAACGUGUAUGGGUGGACAGCGGGCAGCUCAGUGCUCUGGUUCAGGGUGGGGGCCCCUCAGCCUCCACUGUCUGUCUCGUCUUCCCCGGGGCUCCCCCUCGAGGCAAGGGGCCAUGCAUGUCUGGGGGACCCCUCCCCCACCCUCCGUUGUUCUGUCUCUUUACUGUCAUCCAAGUCCAGUGUCCCAAUUUUUGUUCUCACUGUGGAUGUCUCCCCGCCAGUCCUCAGUGUCCCCCAGACACACAGGACCAUGUCCCCCGCCGUGUUCACUACCCCCAGUCUGGCCACACACACACCCCCCCCCCCUGCUGCUAUCAACACCAGAAUAAACACACUCUGUGGGUCUCACCA